CGCCGAGCCAGUCUGACGCCAGGCGCCGCGACGCUAUGACGUCACUGGUCCGCGCUUCGCCGACGAACGUACCUCGCCAGCGGUGAGAACUCAUGAAUGAAAUCCUGCUUGUCGUCGAGUCUGUCCGGGUGACGUCCUCGUCGAAGGAACCGCGGCUGCGACAGCACAGAAAAAGCGAUAUCUUCGGAAAGAAAAUCUACGUGGAAGGCAUUAUCAACGAAUCGGCCCGGUUAGUAAAACGACACUAGAGCGAUAUCGAACCCGUGUCGUAAUUAAAUCGAUUAAAUACACUAGCUCGCUCCCUUCUGCAAGCCCAGCAAAUUAAAUCAAACUCUAUCGUGCGUUCGCCGAUCCGGACUCGCCGCACCCUCGAUCGCGACGCGAAUUUAUCGAGGGGCACCGAGCACCGCAUUCUCGAGAUCGAGAGAAGUUUCUGCCUCCUUGCAAAACACACCUCCAAAUUGAAUCCACUGGCAAACUUCUUGAGACAGAGGAGGUCUAGCACGGCUCAACCAGGAAAGGGGCGAGAAGUUGCAGGCAGGAAACUUAUCGAGUGGGAUUCGAUAAGGUCUCCCCCGCGACCUCGAAAUACAAGGAGUCAAAGAACCCGGGUGAGAAGCUGGGUUCAGGGAGAAGGUUGAUCGACGUGAGUUAGAUCGCACGCGCGAACUCAUCGCAAAGAGCGAAUUCUUUCAUUCUACGUGAAUCAGCACAAGGACCGUCACUCUCGGUCGAUCGAGCCUCAGAAGACUUUGAGCUAUAUCUUUGACUCGUCAAUCGCAAUCCGGUGGGAUCGAGAGAUGCGAGCUGGCCGGUGAGAGUUCCUCUUAAAGGAAGAAACCCAGAAAAGUGAAAAGGAAUCUUCGAUUCAGCGGGGUGGAGGGAGAGACUAUUGGUGUAACUCGCGCGCGUUAAGUCCGCACAGAACGAGGCUACGAAGAUGGGCAAGAAGAACAGCAAGCUCAAACAGGACACCAUCGAUCGCCUCACCACCGAUACGUACUUCACCGAGAAAGAAAUCCGUCAAUGGCACAAAGGAUUCCUGAAAGACUGCCCCGAUGGAUUGCUCACAGAACAGGGCUUCAUAAAGAUCUACAAGCAGUUCUUCCCCCACGGUGACCCGUCAAAGUUCGCCUCCCUCGUCUUCAGGGUCUUCGACGAGAACGCCGAUGGCACGAUAGAAUUCGAGGAGUUCAUAAGGGCGCUCUCGGUGACGUCGCGCGGCAACCUGGACGAAAAGCUUCACUGGGCCUUCCGCUUGUACGACGUGGACAACGAUGGCUUUAUCACGAGGGACGAGAUGUUAAACAUAGUCGACGCGAUAUAUCAAAUGGUGGGACAACAGCCGCAGGCCGAGGAUGAAAACACCCCGCAGAAGAGGGUCGACAAGAUCUUCGAUCAGAUGGACAAGAACCACGACGAUAAGCUCACGCUCGAGGAGUUCCGGGAGGGUAGCAAGGCCGAUCCGAGGAUCGUGCAGGCGCUAUCGCUGGGAGGAGAGUAACCCUGAGUUCCGUCGUGGGCGGCGCGCGAUCCUUCGAGAUCGGGAGCCUCUACGUCGUCGUCAUUAUCGUAAUCGUCGACGCGAGCUGGACGAGCCGCUCGUCCCCGAUAAACGGUCGCUGAGGAACGACCUCGAAGAAAAGGCAAGUCCACAUCCGCGCGUUCGGCAUGCACGUGUGUGUUAACGGACGAGUAACAGUAACGUGCGAGCACGAGAGGCACCUGAGAUGCAGAGAUACGCGAAUAUUUUUGGAGAGGUCUCUCGUCGAGGAGUAGUUAAUCACUAUCACAUCUUUUCUACUCUCUAUCUUUCUCUCUCUUUCUAUCUUAUACUCUCUGUCGUUCUCGGAGAGACGAUCGAUUCUCGUUCCCCGUUGGUGAAUCGAUCCCUCCGUCUUCGUUAACGAUCCGAUUUCGAAGAUAUCGGUGCUAAUAGUAGAUGUCUAGUUCGCGUAAUCGUAGCUUUCAGGGAGACUGGACGUGGCGGAUUACAUUCCUAGCUAGGAGCGCAUGCAGGACUUCAGAGUAUGAAUAAAUUGUUAGUACGAACGAUGAAGACACACAUACAGACACAUAUAAACACAUACAGAAAUCACGGAAAAUUCUCCCUCGAAACGUUCUCGCGCCUCGAAGACGGUUCUUUUAUCGCGCUGCCGUUCCUCGCAUUCCUCCUUCCUUAUUUCGGCGGCAAAAUGACGUCAUGGUAAUACACAGUAACGAGUAAAAUUCGAAGACACCGACGAGCGCGCGGCUCGAAUUUCAACGAAGCUCACCGGGUUAUUUCCGAUUACUGCAGCGCGUAUUCUACAUAAAGGGAGGAGAAGGGAGGCGAGUGGGUAACGGGGAAAUUGCAGUGGUGGUGCAAGCAUUCAAAUGCAGACAACCGAUCGUGCAUUGUGCGCCGCGAGUUGCGUGGCGAGUACGCCGGCAAACAAAAAUUCCAAAAAUCACAAUAAAUUCCUACGUAAAUAUUUCGACAGCAACGUCGUCGCGAGGCGGGGUUGACAUGGAAGAAUCGAGUAACGUGGAAAAUUGUGCGCGACGAGAUGAAUUGCGCAAUAGCGCCGCGACAAUUCGGCUGCUCUACUUUGUUCCUUUACGCAACACGGUUCCAUCAAAUUUUCCCGUCGCCGCGAAUUCAAUCAUGAACGGUACCGCGCGCGGGCUUUUAUGUAAUGCCGCUUUACAUAACGCUAUCGCUCGUGGAGGUGUUGCGAAUUAUUCAUUUUCAAAUGUCAAAAAGCACUGAUGUCGGGUAUUAACGAGCGUUGCGUGCUACUGACAAAAUUGCACCGUCGAUUUGAUGCCGAUCGCGCUGCACAGCUCUCACGCGUGCAACGCAAUUUCUUAAGAAACAGCGGCGCCAUGGCGAGAGUAUCGACUCGCGUUGCGUAACGCGGUAUUAGACGCUGCAACAAAAAUUCGGAGAUACCCAGAUAUGGUGACUAAGCAAAUGGGAGAAGACGGCCAACGGUAAUCUGCUUUCCGAUAUUAAUAAGCGUUGCAUGUUUUACGUCAUUUACGGCGAACCGGUCUACAAUUUACCAGCUGCGAUGCGCGUAUCGUCAAUGGAACCUACGCUCAAUUACGGAAUGUGAAAUCAAAGAAAAGCGCAAGGCAUAUAAUUCAAGUAAAGGAGCGAUGUAUCAACACUACACCAUAAUUAUAACAAGCGGACUUGCGUUAUUAUCGCUUGUAUAGUUUCAAUAAGUGCAUUUCAAUAAUGGGAUAGUUGUUAAAGCUGAAUACCGACAUUAUUCUGAAGAAAGAGGGGCUAAUGAAGAUAGUAACGAUGGAUGGGCUUAUUAAAUGUGAGCACCGUGUUGUAAUAACAACCGAUCAUCGAAUAUUAAUGAGAAAAGUUACUUAUACUUUGUAGUCUCUUAUAAUUCUUGAAUUACAAUCGCUCUGAUACUCUGGUUGCUCCACUUACGAACUUCAACGACCUAAAUUUACAUUCAAGAUGAUUUGAAUGUGCUAAGUUUAACGAUCAAUAAAGAAAAGUAUACCGGGCAUUAUACGGAAUAAAUAUUUUUUAUCUACAAUAAAAUUGCCUGAUUAAAUUUACAUGAAGAGGAAGCGCAGGGAAAGACAGAAAGAUAAUAAUCUACUCUCUUCCUAUAACGACGAUAAAUUAGUCAUCAUCCUAAUGUAUAAGACACGCUGCCAUCAGAUAUUAAAAAAAGGAGGCCAAAGAUGGGGACAACGGAAGGGAGAGAAAUAAAGAUUGAAAUAAAGCGAACGUCGAGCGAUCAGGUUAAAUGGGGAAAAGGUCGCGGCGAUCUUUGUACCCGGCGGAAGUGAUUAAGACAAACGAGAGGAAAUAAUCUGACGUCGAAAAUUCACUGAUUGACGCAAUUGAUUUUCUAUAUAAUCGCACGGUAUAUACAAAAGAUCGCACAAUACAGCGAAGCGAAGACCGAGCUGCGAUAACGACUUGCAUUAGUUUAGCGGCAGGAGUGGCCCGCGUGCUCGCGAGCGACGUGACAUUAUUGGUACACGGAUUUAUCGGAAUUUCGGAUCUCCUAUUCUCCGAUAUUAAGGAGAGCGCCAGAUGGUCGUCGGAUAAGAGCGAGGAAAAUCCGGAGCGCGGGAGCGCCAAGGACGAUUAAAGGGAGUAAGUAGAGGUAGGUGGGUAGGUAGUAGACGCGCGCCAUGUCUCCUCGAUCGAUCCGUUAUAACAUUCUGCAUUCCGCGGGACACAGUCGGACGAGGAUGCGGGCGAGCUUACGCGGGACACUAAAGUGCGAAGCAAAGAAUCUGCUCCCUCAAAGGAGAGCAACGAAGCUAGAAGAGAAGCGGAGAAGGGCGCAGGACGAGCACACGCGUGCGGUUAUCCCGAUGGUAUUUCUCAUACGAGAUCGAGGAGAUGGAUGGAUUCCUGGGUGACCUAGGGGGAGAGAACCGAUGAGGGCCACGUACGCUCUCUUACGACCCUCGCGGAUCGACGGCCGGUACUUUUAAAGAAUAAAACGGCGUUUUAGACGGCGGGGGUUGUCGCUGAGGAAAUUGCGAGGACGCCGCGCGAAAGCAAACCUCGGACAGGAGUGGCCGACGAGUUAAAUAAAGUCCGAGGGAAUCGCCGACGGCUGAUGAAAAAUGCAUAGGCACUUGGCCCGACGUUGCUCCAUGCAAUAUGUAGCGCGUUACCGCCCAAAACUGCACGUGGCGCGUCUAGAUGCACCCCUGCGCGACAGACACGUAAAAAUGAGGGAUGCGAUGAGACUACCUCGACAUGACGAUCCACGACCCUUGAUUCUUCUUCAAUAGCAAUUGAACAGACCGUUCAAUUCUCGUUAACGAACGUGUUGCGCUGCGUAGAGUGUAAUAGGGUAUGAUAAUUAAAACGGCGCGCGCGCGGAAAAGAAAGAUUAAUUUAUUCCAUCGGCCAGCGAGUGAAACAAGCUCGAGUGCAAUCGCGUUAAUGAGCGAGUUUUAAAGCGAAUUUAUAACGUGUGCUUCUGAAGCACUUCGCUACGCACGGAGGGAUUAAGCGCCCCGGCGCGAAGAAAAGAAAUAAGUUUGCAGAGCUGGAUAAGGCGAGGGCGCGUCUUGUGAAAGGCUAGAAUUCACGUUGCUCUUGAAUUUUCAAAGCAGCGCCCCGGACUCGUUUCUAUCGCUCUUCGCUAUUCCACGAUUGGUUGGGUGUAAAGCGAGACGAGAUACGAGUCAGUCUACACACACACACACAGAGGAAGCAGCCCGUGCGAGGGAAAUGUCGCGUGACCGGCAGCGAAAAUUCACAAACCUGGAAUAUCUCCGGAGAUUUAGAUGCGCCGCUGCGAGGCGCGCGUUUUUCCCCUAAAUAACGUGCAUUCGCAUAAAUUCGCGAGACGACGAAGAUUUCACGCAGCGCAGAGGCGGCGUGGGACUGGAAUGCGGGAAAAUAAAUUUGAUGGAGUCGCAAUGAAAUUGCGCACGGUAUAAUAAUCAAAUGUUAAUUCUGCGAGGCGCACAUGCAGCUUCGCGACGACGAUAUAUGUAUUACGAAAGCCCAGCCAGCAUUGCCAGUGAUUUAAGAACGUUUAUCCAUUUCGCUUUUCCGGAUGCGAGCUGCGUGAUGCAACAAUGCAAUGGAAUUUCCCAUGAAUCUCGUGCUAACUUGUCGCUUUUUGGACAGUACAUUAACGCCGCGGCUUUAACGACGUAGAACAAUGUAAUCCGAUACGUGCUCUUCGCACUUGUGUGCAUCACGCGCUUUUGUUCCUCGAUUUUUCACCUGCGAUGAGAUAUCCGCAGACCCGCAUUGAGCUCCACGUAACUCCCUGAGAACCGGAGAAUUAUGAGCGGCUCACCAAACAUUGGUAUCAUGAUAGAUGCUGCCUCGCACAGCGGCUGCUUCCCACUCGAGAUGACAAAGCGAGUAUAUCUUCUUGGCGAAAUGGUGCAUCGACGCAGCGUCUCGUGAUCCGCGCUUAUCGUACUUUAUAAACGCGCUGCCAAACAAUAUUAAAAAAUGUCAAAGAUAGGGGGAAGAGAAGGAAGUGAAGUAUCAAAUUGAAAUAAAGCGUUCUUCAGAACGUCUCAAAUUUCCGAAGCGUAAAACGUAUCAUAAAGAGGAACGCCCGCGCGCGUGCGCCCAAAAUAUUAUCGAAAUUCGAAAUUGCACCACGCCCUUCUACCCCUGCGCCAGGAUCUUUAUCAUUUCUGUCGCAAAAGGGGUGCGUCAACAGUUAUUCGUCCCCUUUUUUCCCGACGCGACGCCGAAUUCGCAAUGGCCGACGUUACGAGCGAUCGUAUCUCGUCCCCCGCAGCUUUUCUUAAUCUUUCAGCGGCGCGGAACCUCGCAUCGCGUCGGCUCGCCAUAAAUUCAAGGCGCGCGUGCCUGCACCCUCAACACCCGCAUCCCUCCAUUCCACUCGGCUCGCUCCCUUUCCCUUGUUCCCGCUUAAGUUCUCACGUGGCCGGAAUUUUAGUGGGCGACCGCGAAUAAGUUUAUUUCCGAGUGAGACUUGAACGACAGCUAAGGCUCUUCGAAAGAGAUGAUUCGGUGAAAAACUCGUUUUCCUCGUGAUAUAUUCAACGGCAAGCGCCAUUCCUCGCGGUUGUGAUUCGUUUCUUGCCCUCCGCUAAUUCCGUUGCCCGACUACCUGCGGAUUUUCCCGAUUUACAGCCGGCCGAAAUUCGAGCUGUUUAAUCUUUCCUUUUAUUUCUGUAAUGUUUUUAUUCGAGAAAUUCCCGGGCAUUUUCCACCCAAUUCCUACUUCUGAGCAUAUUUCUUUUGUCGCGCUCGCUCUGCUCUUUUUCCCCCGAUUGCUUUUUAUCCGUUGCUCCAUCAAGGAAUGCGAAAUGAAUGCAACGAGCAGCAAUGUGGUUAGCGAAUUCAAGUUUCGUACCGAAGUAAAAUCGCUACGAUAACAACGGCUCGUGGCGCAGGAAAUUCCAGAAUAAAUGCUGCCGGCGUGCUGCAAUAGAUCAGCAGUCAAGAGCGGAGCGAUUAAUUACAGCCACGAUAAACUCGAGAGCCAUUACGGCCUCGACAUUGUGUUUGUCCGUCGCGUAAUCGCUCGAGAGGCGCUUAAGAAUCAGCGCGCCACAGACAUUAUCUUUUGCCAGAAUUCUAACGAUGUAUCGCAACUUUCAUCAUGCUUUCAAAACAUCCUGUGCAAAUAAUACGCCGCGAAGCUGCGUCGCGAGAUUUGCAUCCGCGGCGUGUUCCUCGCGGCCUACUCGUGAGCAAAUAUUAGCCAUUCUUGUCGACCGAGUCUCGGCGAGGCAAUCCUCGAAGCGCGACCGAGGUCGGUACUGAUCGGCAGCGAGCGGGUCAAUAUUCGAAAUUUGUCGGAAGCGGGACCGGCCAGUGUGACAAGGCAAUGCCUCAAUCGCUUGUUAUGAAUCGCCGUUAUUUAGCUGGACCAAAUAUUUGCAACGCCACCCGAACCGCUCUUGGAUAUCGGAGAACGAGAAAGCGGGGAGGUUCCGCGCGCGCGUUUUCGCGCGGCGAAAUGACGCGGACGUUUCCUCUGCGUGACAGGCAUCGCAAAACGACCCGAUAUUGGCAAACUUCCCGGGCGCGCGACUAUCCCUUUUUCCGUUUUUUUUUCGCCUGCCAUCAGCGUCUCUCGACUCGUUAAACGGCGCCGCAGAGCAUCGAUGGAGAUAAUAUUGGCAAAUGUUAUUCGGCGAGCGAAGCGCGGCAUUAACAUUAUUACCUGCGAUCGACUUCCGCGCGCGGAGAACGCGAACCCGCCGCGCUCGAUUGCCACUAUUGGCCAUUUACGUAAUUUGUGGCUCGAGAAUAGUGAUGUCCCAUUUUUCGAGAGGAAUUCUUCUUCCGUUUCAUCGAAUGCGAAUAAAAUUAUGAAGGGCCCUCGACGCCUAAGUCCCAACUAUCUUCGAUCAUGACACGUCGAACACGAGGAAAUUGCGAGAUUAUUAAACGGGAAUUGCGCGCGGACGCUUCCAGCGCGCAGUUCUAUUAAUUCGCGGUGUAAUAAGAGAGUGGAUGGAAUGGAACUGUAAGAGUUGAACGGGAUCGUCGUUACAAUAACGUUGACUCGUUGACCUGGAACAGCGUUAAUUGUAACCGAAAGUGCUAGUGAAGUGAAGUUUUUCGCCGCGACGAUAUCGCCGCGGAUGUAAGACGGACUUGCUAACCACGUUUGGUCGGGGGAUUUAUUUGUCAUGUUUGCCAUCGGAAUUUCGCGCAACUAGAUCGCCGCCGCACAACUUGGAGCAUCUUAUAAGGGUCUUAAGUUAAAAUCCCCCGACAACUUGUCUCCCCUUUCCGUUCGAUCAUCCGAGUCAACUCGAUGGCAAGUUUCGCGCACUCGCAAAAGUUAAACCGGCGAAGCUGGCGCGGACAACCGGCAAUAAUCGCGCUAGCUUAGUCGUCGUUAGAUCGAUCCGAAGAACACCCCGAUGUAACCUCCUUUUGAAAUCGCUUACGUACGACUGGACCGAGUGAUUCUCGGAGAGAAAUACUGUAUCGGGACAGAGGGACACCCACCCGCUCUCGAUACUCGUUCAAUUGAGAGAAUUGCUUUCGCUAACUUUCGCGACGUUGCGAACUUUACCGCGGUGUCAGAGUUCCGGCCCCGUAACGCGCUCACAUCAAGGAACUCGCCGCCCUCCCACGAUAUUCCGGAGUCGCGCGUAAACAGAUAAAUUUCUAUGAAACGCCAUGCAAUUGUAUCGUUUCGAUAUCCAUUCAUACGUUGCCUCCGAAUACACACCGACGUCUAUCUGUAUCGUCCAUGCAGCGCUAGCGUGACGACGAAUCAAUGAAAGUGUCCUGCCAUUUUCCAGCGUUUUCACGUUUCGCAAUGUGAAACGGCAGCGGGAGAGAGACAAUAUUUAUAAACCCGAGAAAAACGCGUAUUGCUUGUAAAAGCAAUAACAGCCGGGAAAAAUAUUUCAAACGACGCGUGCGGAGAAACAGAAAGUGUUAUUCGUGCAAUAAACCAUCUCGACCACUGACGAGACAUAAAAUUAGGCAAAUGUUGGCGAAACGCCACGCGUUGGUGAAACACGCGGACAAGAAAGCGAAUCCUGCUGCUGGCAAAAGCUUCGACUCGGAGUCGCUCGCUCUAAUCGUUACGUUAUGCAUCGCUGUUUAAUCACCCUUAACGAUAUGGAACGAAGAGGACUCACUCUUAGAUGUGGCGCUCGCCUCUUUGCGAACGAAAGUUCUCCCAAUACGCGAAUACAAAUAUCAGAAAAGAUCAACACGUGUCGUGCACGCGCGCCGCGCAUUAGACUCCGAGAGACUUGUAGCCCCGUUUAAAUAACGAGUAUUUCACGACCGGUAUUUUACAACGCCGGGAGAGAGAGCAAAUUUGCCUACGUCCCGCAGCCAAGUCACGCGGAGAUUUAUUCGAGGGUACCUGUCAUCAAAAGCAUGAAAAAUUCCGUAUCAUUUUUCGUUUCCAACGCCUCCACUAAGCGUCGUCUGCUGUCGUUAUACAGUCAUCAAGAGUACAGCCUGUUCUUGACUCGUUUCCUUUUUUUCUUUAUCUUCUUUCUUUUCGAAGUAUGAACAAAUUGCAAUUGAAUCCUUAUAGCCAUCACACACACCUUAACUGUUCAAAAAGAAGGGCAAAUAGCUGAUUACGCAAUGUAAAAUAUAUAUACAUAUAUAUAUAUAUAACAUAAUUAAUAUGUAACAAAUAUAUGAUUUAAUUUAACCACUUGAAAAUUUCCCAACAGACAAGACUCUAUUUCGCAUAAAUCCUAGAGUAAUAUAAAUACUGCACUUGUGUGCGACAAAAACUCAUUUGUUGAAGGUCUUCAUCGUUCGUACCGCUCGUAGACUUAUAUUCUUCGACAGAUAUAUUACUAUUGUUACCAUCGCUGUAGCGUCAUAAGAUAGUAUCUAGGUAAAUAUCUCGCAGUUUGAAGGAUACAACCUUAUCACGGUCGUUUCUGACUUACUUGUGCAUUUUCAGUCUCUUGUUUUAAAAGUUACUCGGGCAACUCCGGACGAAUCGUCAGCUCGUUAUUUUUCUACUUCUGCGUUACCCAGAGACAUUUCAGAGGUAAGGACUGCGCAUUGCCGUUGCUGUAUCGUACCGUAAGCUCUACAUUUUUGUCGGUAGCACUCCGCUCCGAUUAUGACUCGCGUGCAUGCUUGCCACGCGGGAUUGUGGACGUGGCGAGAGCGGUCGUGAUACAUGUUUUUGCAGCAUGCAUUGCAGCUCGAACAUGUUCCAGGCAUUGACAGAUCGGAGUGAGGGACUAUUCGACGCAAGAGGAAGGAUUUUUCCCAAGGGAAAGCAAGCGUGAACGUCGAUGGUCUGAACUCCGGAGCACUCGCUCCGACCUGUCCGAAAGAGAUGGAUGUAAACCGCUUUAAAGUCUGCACCGCGCGAACGCGGCCUGGAUAUCACUUGAACUCUAGCAAUAAUUCCGUGGAACAUUUCGUUAGGUCACGGCUGGGUGGUUUUUAAUCGCCGUCGGGCGGUCGUUGAAAGGCUGGUUGCACCAACACGAUUAAACGCGAACUCGACGCUCUAGCCCUUCGCAGGGCUCCUCCCGUAAACUUUGCGUCGAGUUUCCAGAAGAACGUAAGACACUCCGGUAAAUUUGCAGAGUUUUGAAUCUCCGGCACUAAAUACCCCGAUAACUAAGUUACGACUUGAAAAUUCUCCUAAAAGAAAGUGCAUUUCGGACUAAUUAAAAAAUAGACGUUCUCCACUCGUUUACUCGUUUUAUCGUUUGUGAAAUUUAAUUCGCCGUAACUCUUGUGUCACAUCAGCGUUACGUAAUCAAGUCCAAUCUCCAAAUUCAUCAGAGAACUCGCAUAAGUAGGAUUAUGAUCUAGAUGGUCGGACAUCGAGAUGAAUCAUACUAACCUGGAGUUGAUUGAUUCAAUCAGACUGUCGGUGCAACUCUGCCCAAGUUGCGAGCGUUAAUACGCGUAUUCGGCGACGAGUCAUUGCGAUGACAAGCGGAGAUGGUCGGGGUGCAGGGUGCCAACGAUGAUCCGCCGUUUGAGUAAUCAGCUCAACCGUGAAAAGAGCCUCUCUUACUCCCGCAGUUCUUCAUUUGUUGUCGUGGCGAUCGAAAGUUCUAUUUUUCUAUAAUGCGUCCGAUUCGACGCCAGUCCGCAGCCAGUCCAGUUGCGCCAAAAGUUGCAAGACGGCGAAGGACAUCGUUGUCGCGACCGCCUCGACCGGGAUUUCUAUCGCCGGCGUUCGCGCAUCGAUCUCACCGACGACGUGUCAAGGAAUGGGCGAGAGGGGAAAGAUUGCGCCAGCAGAAGUAACCACGCGCCACAAUGGAGAGAGAUUUUUACAGGAGCGUUUAAUGAGGAAAGAAAUAAUCCAUCAGCUUUAGCAAGCUUAGCUUUUCCAAUAUCCGCGGGGUACACCCCCGCGUGCGGUCCGCGCGUUGAUUAUUUUCUUAACCACCCGAUCCCUGAUACUCUCCGUUUUCUACUCUGGCGCAAAGUUAACCCCGUUGACCGCAGGGGGAAGACUCUCGCACCCUACGGCGAAAAGAAUGGAAGCGCGAGGAACAAAAAGCGCACGUGCGAACGUCCGGCGGUGUAUCGUGUUAAGUUUAUCUUCGUAUAAGGGAAUUAUUAAGUAAACAAAAAAAGUCGUUUUAAGCAAUUUUUACGAUUUUCAACGGGAAGCAUAAGUGUAAGAGCCGACGUCUCGCUUAGUGAAAUUCUUAGAUGCUUUUCGUGUUAAAUGAAUUCUCGUAGUAAACGCUUUGUACGAGCUGGAGGUCUCUCUCGUAACUCGCGAAAAGGAGGGGGAAGGCGGGGGAGUACAAAGAGGACAAAGGGGUUGAACGAGCGCGACGAAAAGUGCUAGGAGAGAGAAGGGAGCGCGGGAGGGGAUCGAAAAGUACAGUGCCCAUCCUCUGCUCCGGGCGAGGCUUCUCAAUUUCUCAUUCUGGCGCAUCUUUUCGCGAGCGGCCGUCCGUGGGGCAUCGUUAACGUUGGUAAUUAACGAUUAACGAGCUCGAGCAUGAUCAGCAUGACGGAAGUGAAAAAAGAAGUGCGAGCGAAAAGUAAUCGCGCGGCGGAGCCCCCGGGGGUCAUUAUCUAAUUACCAACCCGAGAUAAUCGUUCCAUUUGUAUUCAUUAAGCGGAUUUACAUAUUUAUUUGCGCGAAAUGUCGGUGCCGAUAGGAUAUCCAUCGCGUAUCGUGGUAGCGCGGUUUAUUCUUUACGAUUCAACAUAAUUUCAAUCGCAUCGGCAAUCGACUCCGAUUCGAUGCCAUUUAAAUAGCGUCAACAACCGCGAAACAAGAGCGGCCGAUGUAAAUUUCACUUAACAAACAAUUCUCGGUGUCCUGUCCCGCGACUUGUAACAGUUUACCAUGCAUAAUGCGUGACACGGCAAUCGCGCACGAAUCCCUCGGAGCGCAUCGCGGUAAUUAAUUUAAAGCCGCUGCUCUUGUUUUGGGGUUUAAUUUUGCCGUAUUACGAUGAAAACGAGAAAUUAGUCAUUUCGCGGAUAGCUUUUCCGGGAAUACACCGUACGUAUACCGCAAUCAAGCGCGCGGUUUCCGCUUCUAAUUUGCGACAAAGGUGCUUUCACGAUAGCGGCUCAGAGGCACGCUAUCGAGACAAAAGCCGCUUUCGCGGGUAAAGCUGUCCGACGAUACACCCCGUCCGCGAGCUGACGUCCGCGCAAUUGCGCUUUCACCUCGCUGGCACCGACAAUCCAGAACUUUCAUCGGGUGUCUCGCAAAUUCCCGUGAACACUGUGUACUGCGAAAACGAACGGGACUGUUUCGAACGAUUGAAUUCGGCAUUUGACGCGCAAGGCCAGAACGCAAUAAGAACUUCCGCUCCGCAUUUUCCAUUCUCGCUUUAAUAUCAUUUGCAUUGUUCGACGUAUUUGCCAAUGGCGAAGAGAUGCAUCGCCGCAGUCCUACAUGGCUCCGGAAGCUCGCAGGGCUUAAUCUUCUAUAACUCAUCCCCCGAUUGUCCUCGAGUGUCACUCAAACUCGAGCGUUAGUUCACUCCGAGAAGUAUCGGUUAUCGCGGAGAUGCAAUACAUGAGUCGAUACAUCUACGCCGGUAGCGUAAAAAUAGCUCUGGGACGUUACUUCAUCGUGAGUUAUAGAAGGUUGACGUAAGAAAAGCAUCUAUGUGAUUAUGUAAAGUGGCCCGGAGCUAUUACAACUGCUUUCAUCUAAUGACAUUUAUCUAGCCAUUUCGCACCAAGUUUUUCUUCAGAAAUAACGUAAUAUGAGUCGGUCUUGACGAAUGAUUAAAGAUACACUGUUGAAAUAAUCACCGGUGUUGACGAAAUCCCAUCCUUAAUUUAUUCAAGUAUCAAUUUUGAUAAAAAUUCUCUUUAACAGAACUUUGUCGUUGAAAUGUUUUUAAUGGAGAAAAUCAGAAGAUUAUGGAUAAAAGUGUAGUCAUAUUCUCUUUAAAGAUGCGUUAAUUAAGAUAGCGGAAAAGAUCGCAGAGAAGAGCGAAAGAAGAAGUAAUAGUUCCGGAACAACCUCGGUGUACUUCAAAUUCCACCCUUAGUUAACUGGCCAAGCUAAAUACGCUAUUUUGACUACAUCGCGAAAUCGCAAAGUGUAAAUACGACAGUGAGUGUUGUGAAUUAUUCAUACCUUUCCUUCGAUAGUCACUUUCGAGGACAAGCGCUCUGAGAAACGACAAACGUAACGGAAUUGCAACGGAAUUGAACAGGGAUACGCAUGGGAGAGAGGCGUGAGUUUUUUCCGAUAUUUCUCUCCGCAAUUACCCUCUCUCUUUCUCUCUCUUUUUCUCUGUCUUUCUCUCUAUCGCACUCGUUUUAUGCACCGGCGAUCACGAAAGGGAAACACCUCUUUCGCGAUAUGCCAAAUUGAAAUAAAAGAGAAAAGUAUAUUCUACUAGUAAAAUAAUUACUAUUCCUAAGCGCGCUGUGCGAAGCACGAAGGCUAUUCUAAUGUGUACCGUUAUACUUAUCGCUACUUGUACCGCUACUAUUAUACCGCUAGUAUGUACUCUAACGCUAACUACUGUUACUAUAUUUGCAGCAACGUGCGAAACUUUUCCGUCUAAAAGCAUAAUGUACACUCUCGACAGACAGACACGUCCACGGAAACGCGUACACGUACAUACACGCCCGGACAUUGCACAGCCACCCCGCGCAUAACGGAAGCAGGAAACACGAACAGAGACACGUACACUUAAUAAACGUCAACAUCAUUGUUUUACGAACUUUCUGUGAUAAUUAUUAACAAUCACUAAAUACGUGGAGAAGCACACUAAGUACGGAGCGAAGAAAAGAGGAGGAGACGACGAAAAGUCUAACGAGGGGUGGAAAAAGCUCGGUGAAGCGAUAGGAGCGGGAAGGAAGAUACGUGUUGAUGGAAUGAGAAGGCGUCUUGUUAGGUGAUAUAAAAUUAUUGUUCCGUAGUUUGUUGUACGAUCGACGAUCCGUUGUAAUGGUUGCGCUUGCUCUGAUUCUGCGACAGUCACAGUGACAAAAUGAAAAGAAAAAAAAAAGAGAAGAAAAGAAAAAGAAGCAGAGAGCGAACGCAACAAAAUAACGCGACCUCGAGACGUUGCUCGGUUACCACAAAAAUCUAAGCGCAUUGUUAUUUUGUAUGGUCCCAUGCGUUUUUUCUAAAUGACGACAUCGUGACAUGCGAUAUGAUGGUGAUUAAUAAAAAUAACUUCAAGCA